AUGGGAACAAGUCACAGUACUCACACCAACCUUGGCAAAGAUAGUACCUCUUUUAAAACAAGUGCAACUGGUUCGAUAGCACGAUGGGGAGAUUCUUUUGAGGUUUCUAUGAGCAAAUGGAAUGAAAAUGAUCACACAGAAGCUUGGGGUGCAAAGUACAAAACAGGUCUGAAAAACCACACUUGUGGUUUUAAUCUGAAAGCAAUCAACGACAACAACGGUAUUGAGAGCAUACAUUUUGGAUUACUCGACACCGCUAACAACAAAACUGAAUUUUCUGUCAACAUCUCACGAAUUGAUCGUGACACUCUUCGAGGAGGAAUAACAGGACUGAAUUCAUCUGCUUGUCCAAAAUCUUUCACAAGGACCAAACCAAAUUGCUUAAUAGAGACUACUGUUGUUUCCUACCAUUGUUCCUACAGAGAAGGUCUUUUUGUUCUUGAAAUGAAGAAAAAGGGAAAAUCUGAAAACGCUUGCAUAGUAAAUCUAGCACAUUAUUAUGUAACCAAAGAUGUUGGUCUUUCUGUUAGGGCUAAAAUUUAUCGAAACAAAGGUAAUAGUUUUGUUGUCGAAGUUGAAGGUCCAAUUAAACAUCGUAGUGUUGAUUUACGUAAGGUUGUUGUUAAAACCUGUAGCAGUGGAGUUUGGUCACCUGGUGCAUGUUCUCACUGUAAAGGAACAAAAACAAAGGCUAGCACUGGUGUAAAAAAUGAAGAAUAUACAUCGUCGUUGAAAGCUCAUACUCAUGUUCAACAUUCUGGUUCAUUAAUGUUGAAAGGUGAAUCUCAUGUUCAACAUUCUAGUUCAUUAAUGUUGAAAGGUGAAUCUCAUGUUCAACGGAUUGAUCGGAAGGUAGGUGGUGAAGUUGUGAAACAGGCUUUCUUCGCGAGUUCUGUUAGAGAGCAAUUUAACACUGGGCUUAUUAAUUCAACUGGAUACACUUCUGGUUCUUUAAAUAACUCUAUCAUUUUUGUAGAUUGUAAUUUUUAA